UUUUCAAUAGGUUUAUUUUGUUUGUUUUAUUUGUUUUUGUUUUUAAGCCAAUUCAGCAGGGAGAAGCCACUGUGUCUGGUCGGGUUCUCAGAAGUACAUCUUCUUCGAGUGACAGAGACCACCAAACUAAACAGAGCCCCUGUGACAAAUCCACUGAAGAGAUGCAAGAAUUCACUGUCAACUUAGGUAAUGAAGGCACCGAUUAUAUGGUGAAAGGCCAAGUCCACGAGAGUAUCUACUCAGUCCUGAUGGCUCAAGAAGUCAUUUGUGCUUGGGUUGCCAAGGAGAAAGGCAAGGAGAUGCACCUACUGGGAAAGAAAGGGGUGGAAGGCUAUGUUAAUUUGGGCAUGCCACUUGCAUGCUUGCCUAAGAAUUCACAUUUUGAAAUUAAAUUUUAUGCUGUGAAAAAGGGCGCAGAUGCUGGUGAGACGAGACACUGUCAGCAUGACAUCAAGGAAAAAAAAUGCAUCAUAUUUUAUGUCUCUCCCACUGGCAAUAAGUUGGAGACCCGCUCUUUGCAAGGCCACAGAAUUCUCCGGUGCCAACAACUUGCCAAAGAUCGCUGUAAUCUGUGUGUCUUUGCUCCAGAAGGGGAGACCAUCAAGGACGCCCUUUGCAAAGAUGGCCGGUUUCUGCCAUUACUGGAGCAAGAAGAGUGGGGGUUGGUAGAGAACAAAAAGUUUAUAUGUAGUCGCUAUACUGUGGACAGUCUAGCCAACAGGUGCUUUGAUGUGGAGGUUAAAAUUAAGCGACGAGCUAAGACAAGGAAUGAUUUGGGGAAUGAGCAGUCUUCCAUGGCUCCCAAAGAGGUACCGGAGAAGACCUAUGAUUACUUCAAAUCUGUUGUCCUUGAACUGUAUCCUGACUUAAAAAAGCAAAGUGAAGUGAUUGAUGAGUUCUUUUCAGAAGCCUUUAAAAAAGGCAAAUCUAGUGGAGCUGUGUUCAAAUUGUACAAAGAGAACUUUGGGAAGGAGACAAAGAACUCCACGCUCGUUAGGGUGUUUAAAUGCCUCAGUGUACGGAGUGACUCAGUGGGGUACAUAACGUGGGACAGCAAUGAAGGGGGCUCUGCCACAUGCUUUGUCUUGCAAGGUAACUAUAUACUCACCUGCCAUCAUGUGGUGAGUCUCAUUACUGGCCCAGGCGUGGAGGAAAAGUAUUGGCCAUUGAUAAUUAGUCGCUCUGCCAAGGUGACUUUCUCUUAUGAGGAUGGACGUCCCUCAGAAAACAGCUGGCUGAAGCUAGCACCUUGGUUUGAAAUAUCUGACAGGGAUCUGGAUUUUGCUGUCCUGAAACUAAAAGGAGAACCAAGUGAGUUCCCAGCAGGUCUUCUGUGCUUAAGUUACCCACUGCCAUUUAAUGGUGUAAUUUAUAUCAUUGGCCACCCAGAUGGGCAAGAAAAAUCCAUAGAUGGCUGUACUGUGGUUCCUGUAUGUGAGCGUGGAAGGGUGUGCAACCACCGUGUAAAGUGUGGUGAGAAGGAAGCGUGCAAUGACAACAAUUGUGGCCCUGGGGGCCCUAAGGGCCGAGAGUGCAUCCACAUGUUCACCCAGAGAAGUUUCCAUGAUGUGGUCAACAAUCCCGAUGUUGUCACUUAUGACACCAGCUUCUUUGGGGGGUCUUCUGGCUCCCCAGUGUUUGACACGGCUGGCCGGCUGGUGGCCAUGCAUGCUGCAGGUUAUAAGUAUGUAAACAAGAGGCAGCCCUGCAGCAUUGUUGAGUUUGGCUAUUCCCUGGUGGCCAUAAUUGCAGCAAUGAAAGAGAAGAAUAAAGCUUGGUAUGAGUCUGAAAUGCUUGUGCUCCCCCAAGACUAUCCUAAUGAUGUGGAAAUGGAAAAUGGAGAAUAAAAUACCCAUGUUUCUCAGCCACCUCAGCCCACUCAGAGUAUCUCCCCUUUACACUGCUUUCUUUCUUCCCCAGUCUCCAAAGAGACACUCUGCUGGGAAUUUUCUCUCCAUCUGCAGGCCUGGUGAUCUUUUUUGGACCUUCUUCUGCCUCUCAAAACACCUCCAGAACACCCUAGGGAUGAUUUUAUCUUUGUGCUUGUUGUUACAAAGGGUAGUGAGUGUGAGAGGGCUAGUGCCUGAAGCAGUAUUGCCAACUCCACUGUGUCAAAAAUCAAGACACAAACUCUUGAAAAUCAAGAGAUUUGGUAUUGUGGAAUCAGAAAAAAAUAAAUGCCUUAAA